AUGGAGUCAAGCGGCAACAAGAGAAAAGCCGACGAGAUAGAUGCUCCUGCCUCCAAAAGACAACAUACAAAUGUGAUUGCGCGAGAGCCCUCGAUCUUUGGAGUCAAGCCUGUGGACGAUGUUACUAAAUACAUUGCCGAUUUCAUUGCUGAACAUUGUCAACUCGAGAAUGUCGAGAUUGAAGCCAAGUUGGGCGUUUUGAUUGAAAAGCGUACAAAUCAAAGAAUCAAUAUGGGCGCUUUAAGCGAAACAAUUAUACAUUCAGAUUACAUGAGACAGUAUAGAUUUGAAUCCAACAUGCCGUUGGAACAACAUCGUCAUUUCAACAAGAUUUUGAAUGACAUGGUCAACAAAACCCAAGCACGCGAAUACCGAGGAGAGCGUAUUAAAUAUAAACACACCAUUGAAACUGACAAGUUCUAUGACAUACCACACAGCAGACAAAAGCUUCGAGUGACUACAGAAAGCGCAACUGGAAAGAUUGUACCAAAUGGCAUCAUUGAGAAAGUGCGUGUUGCAGAUUUAAACAUCCAUGCACCCAAUCAAGCGUUAGAUUUCAGAAUAUCCAUCAACAGAGAACUUCCACGCACCAAGCCCAACUCAAAUUAUGUCUUUGAACGAAACAAGGAUCGCAUUUCAUACCAACAUGGUGGAAUCGCUUUUGAUUUAACCCAAGUAAAAGGUGCUGCUGAUAAGGACCCUGAUGUACGCCAUGAAUUAGAAUUGGAGUUUGCUGAUGCCUGCAUAUUAGCGAAUGAGAAGUCAAAAUACGAUCGUAAAGAGCCUUCACAGUAUACGCAAAUGGUUGAAGUAUUUAUGAAUAAUAUUCGACUGCUCAGUCGUUAUGCUCUGAAACUAUAA